UGGAUCAAGUGCCAGCUCGUUCACCAGCGCAAUUUGAUGACCAAAAACACUAUAACGGUCUCUUUUCUCCACGAGCCAGUGUGUGCGCACGCUCUGAAGUUUCAGCUGAGAGUAAGAGUAGAUGGUUGAUGGUAUGUAAAAACUUUUUUUCUGAGACAUUGUCGCUGAAGAGAAAAGCUGUUUGGAGACGAGGCAGCGACGCAGUUCAUCCAGUCUGAAACGGCAAACGGCACCAUGAGCGUCCCGCUUUACGCACCGACUCCCAUCCAAGCCGCACAUCCGACUCCCUUCUACAUCGAGGACAUUCUGGGCAGAAGUGCGUCCUCCACCUUCUCACCCUCCUCUUCUUCGUCUUCCUCAUCCGUCUCUUCGUCGUCCUCCUCCACGACGCCGGUCAUCCCCACACCGACCCUCGCGUCGCCCAACUCCUCCUUCACGAGUCUCAUCUCGCCGUACCGGACGCCGAUUUAUGAACCCACGCCGAUCCACCCGGCACUGACGCACCACGCCGCGACGUUAGCGACGACCUACGCCUCAGCCGGUGCUUUCGCUGGCCCCAUCUACCCGUUCCACCACCAGCACCACCACCGCUCCAUGGGCGAGUACGCACAGGCGCUGCUCAGGCGCGACCCUCUCGGGAAACCUCUGCUGUGGACUCCCUUCAUCCAGCGGCCCUUACACAAGAGAAAAGGCGGACAGGUGCGCUUCUCUAACGACCAGACCAUCGAGCUGGAGAAGAAGUUUGAGACUCAGAAGUAUCUGUCUCCUCCAGAGAGGAAGCGACUGGCCAAGAUGCUGCAGCUCAGCGAGAGACAGGUUAAAACCUGGUUCCAAAAUCGACGCGCUAAAUGGCGACGACUGAAACAGGAGAAUCCUCAGGGCGGAAAGAGGGACCUGGAGGAGGACAGUCCCGCCGGUAUGAGGACUCACAAAGGGACAGAGGGGACAGAGGCGAGCGGGAUCCAGCAGAGCCCGGAGCACAGACACACAGGCGCGGCCUGCGAUCAGGCGCAGGUGGGCCGCUGUGCGCACUCCGUGUCCCCGCAGCAGCAGCAGCAGCUCCACGCAGAACUGGACUCUGACGUGUCCGACGACACAGACCAGGAGCUGGACAUAGAAGACGACGACGAUGACUUCUCACGGAACCCGCAGUUCUGAAAAGCGCGUGCAUCAUCCACACAGUGACACAGAAUGAUGAUGAUGAUGACGAAGAAGAUGAAGGCUCGCGGACUAAUAUUAUGCUGGAGCCUCUUCACUCACUGUCACUGAGACAGACAGACAGACAGACAGAGUAGUUCCUGCUGUAAUGAAGUUUACACCGUCUUGUCAUGAUGUUGUGUAUAAAACAUAAUGUGUUCGUGUUGUUGUUUGUUGUAUUUUUGUUGUUGUUGUUGUUGUUUUUCGCUACUGUAUGUCGUUUUUGAUUAAUAAACGCUCUUAGGUCUUAUAAUAAGACAAUCAAUUAUAGACCAAAUUAUGAUUUGGUAUAUAUAACAUUAUAUAAUAAUAAUAAUAAUAAUAAUAAUAAAGAAAAAAACAUUUUGUGCUGAGAAUAAAUUUGAGAAAUGAGCUGGGAUUGUAUUGUUCUGUUUUGUAAAAUUACAAAAAAAAGGAAAUUUACAUAUAUAGUUAUAGACCAUUUAAACUUGGACAAUAAUCAAUAUUGGAUUUACCAUAAGUUGCACAGAAUGUGACCAGUUCUUGAUCAUCUUAAAUAUAUUACAUUUAAUUCUAUUGUUGCCCAUUAGAUUUAAAUGGGUCUUUUUUACACAGUGAAGCCAGUGAAGCUAACUAUAUGUGUUAAUGUCUAACUUGUGAUGAGUUAAAGACUUGUACAAUAAUAACAAAUCACUUUGACCAUUUGCUUGAAUUCAUUAAAAGUUUUUUGUUAUA